AUGACCGCCGAUUUACUUCCGUCUUCUUCUCCUUUCAUAAUCUCUACAAUCCCGCCCCCUCGACCCGUUUCAGUGAAUGCUUUCGCGAGAGCUACUUCGAUUUCGAAUACCGUCUCAUGCUCAAAAUCAAAUCGAAGUACAAGCGCUGGAAUCUCGAGCCAUGAGGGAUCCCUCACCGUUCCCGUGGGUCCGGACUCCCCGGGAUCGCCCCAGUCGCCAGUGGAUACCGAGAUGGAGGAUGUGCAGUCAGCCGAGCCACUGUCAGUAUGCGAGUCGAAAGUUCGUUUCGAACACCUUCCAGUUGAAAUUCACGAGACCAUCCUCGACUUUUUGUUCGGUGAGCGCACAGCGACCAUUACUGGGGCUAGUGGGAAAUCAUCUGCGCAGAGUUGGCACAAAUCGUUGAGGCAUCCGAGGCGGAAAGCUCUUUCGAACCUGGCUCUGAUCUCGCCUGUGUGGAGAAUUCUUGUGCAAGAUCGGAUUUACAGACACAUCAAACUUAAAGGUACCGCAGAUGAGCUGGAGGAGAGUGCACGCUGGUUUCGUGCGCAUCCUCAUCUGGCGACCUACGUUCGUCAUGUGGAGAUAUGGAUACCUGUUUGGGGCCAACGAGCGAUAAAGAACGCCUCCCGUCAGCUUCCACGAAGAUUGAAUGAUGAAAAUGCAGGAUUGACGGAUAUGGCAGCUCUUCAAGCUACAAUGGCAUGGGACGAUCCGCAUUCCAACCCCGUGGCUGACUACAAAUAUUACUACGCAAGCCACAAUGCUACGUUAGAAGAGAUGUUUCUCCAUGUGCAGACUGUAUUCCGGGGGGCUCGUAUGCUUACUUUGGAAGGAGGUCAUUGCAAAAAACCCCCAAUGGUACGCCAUUUCAAAACAGAUCCGACAGGACGUACAGGCCUUCAACGGCUUCCAAUACUCCCAGAUAUCCAGACCUUCGUUAUGCGGGGAGCCUGGAACAUUAUGCGGGACCACCAACACUGGAUCACUUUAUCUCAGGCACUACCAAAAGUCCGCGAGUGGCAUUGCUCGUAUGCCAAGCCAAAGAUUGAAGGCUAUGAGACCAUCGCCAGCAUUUUCCGUCGCCUACCUUCGUCACUGCUUCACGUAAAUAUAAGCCUCGAAGGCUUCUACAGCAAAGACAACUCACAGAACCGCUGGCUCGGUGAUGGUGUCAAUCCACCACAUCUCUGUCGUCUCCUCGGAGAAGUAGCCCCACGCCUUGAAUCUCUUACAUUUACCGGCAAAGUUUGCGCAUGUCUCUUCGAGUCCACGAAGAACUCCAUGGCGAUCCGGCCCGAUAAGAGCCAGAAGUCAAAGCUCAAAUCCCUCGACUUAGUCGUGAAAACAUGCUGCCGUGACAGAAAACUCUACCCGGCCCUCCCCUUCCUUGACGACUUCUCCGGCAUCACAAACCUAAACUUCAUACGCGCCUUCGAGGAACUCGUCGUAGCAUCCAUUAACGGCCUCCAAAUUCACCAGAAGUUAGAGUACAUGCGCAUCCGCUUCAUUGACCUUGACUCCGCUUGCCCUCCACUCAACCCGUACUUCCAGCUCAUUGGCACCAAGGCCACGGGUCUCUGGAACGAACCCAUCCUCGAGGCCCUCCAUGAGGCUCGUCCAGAGGCGCAAUUCGUCAAACUCACUGACGGCAUCUCCCCGCAAUAUGGGAACAACAAUCAGAUCGUGGGCGCAAUAUACCCGCGCACAAGACCGUUGAGCAUUCAUGCAUCCACGUAUAGAAUUAUUGCUGAUGUGCCGAAACACUGA